CCAGUUGUAGGAGUACACCUUCGAAGAAAAGCAGCACAACGGUGUACUAGCGAGCAGUGCAUUAUUGUGUCCCCAACAGCGACCAGCAGAAGAAGAGUGGCGAAAGGAAAAAACAGUUGAAAACUCAAAACCCAACAAACAACAGGAGCAGGCACAAAAAAACCAGAGGCAGCCAACUCGCUGUUCGAAUAGCCAUUGGAAGUACAUAGUUAUGGAUUCAAUAUGGCUGACGACACACGUAAAGUUCGCGUCGAGGAGCAACUGAAGAUCAAAAUAGGGGAAGCGAAAAGCCUUGUCGGACGCAGCAGCAAUGGCGGAUCGGCAUCGUCGAAAGAGAACCGAGAUGUGUACUGCACGAUCGCGCUCGACCAGGAGGAAAUCUGCCGGACGCCCACGAUCGAGCGGACGCUGUCGCCGUUCUUCGGCGAGGAGUACCAGUUCGAGAUACCGCGCCCGUUCCGCUACCUCUCGGUGUACGUGUGGGACCGGGACCGGCACCUGAAGCAGGACAAACCGUACGGCAAGAUAGCGAUCCGGCGCGAGGACCUGCACCAGUACAACCACAAGGACCACUGGUUCCCGCUGCGCCCGGUCGACGAGGACUCGGAGGUGCAGGGUAUGGCCCACCUGCUCAUCACCAUCGACGAGGACGGUGGCCGGCUGAAGCACCUCCACCAGCCGGCGGGGGGACCGCUGCAGCUGCAGCACCAUACGAUGGGCGAGUUCGGUGACUACCGGUACCUGUUCCAGCCGUCCGCCAAGCUGCAGCAGCAGCAGCAGCAGCCGACGGCGCAGCAGCAGCAACUCGAGCACCAAAACCAUCUCAACCAGCAGCACCAUCAGCUGCACCGUCUGCAGCACGGGGCGGGCAGCCCGGGCGGCGAGUCGAAGGAGAACGCCGAAAUCCUCCCGUACCAUCACAACAACCACCACCACCACCACCACCAUGUGUCCUCGGCGGGCUCGACGAUCACGAACAGCUCCGCCAUCAUGGCGAUGCAGCUGAACAGCUCGAUGAAUAGUACAAACUUAAAGUUAAUUUACCCCACGAAGGGUAGCGGCGGUGGAGGCAUCGAUGGGGUGGUGGGUGUUGGCGGUGGGGGAGGCGGUGUUGCCGGUGGUGGAGGUACGCUUCAGCUCACCCCGCUGCGGAAGGUGUUCGACUCGAACCACACGUACGGCAACGGAGGCAGCAAUAAUGGCGAGCUGCUGGUCCACGGUGGCAGUGGGACGGUGGGCGGAACUGCGAGCAGCCGCGUCACUAUUAAGCUGACGGAGUGCGUCGAUCUGGCGCGCAAGAACGGCCUGUGCGAUCCCUACGCGAUCGUGGUGGCGCACUACUCGAACAAGAAGACGAUUACGAAGCGCACGAAGGCACGCAAGAAGACGAUCAACCCGUCGUUCGACGAGACGUUCAGCUUCGAGCUGUGCAUCGAUGCGUGCGGGAGCGACUCGUCGAAGAGUGACAGCAACAACAUGUACACGGUGAUGCCGCUCGGAGGGGCCGAUCUGUGCGAGGUCGUGAUCAGCUUCAAGCACGCCAGCCCCGGCAUGGGCGACGACGUGUUUCUGGGCGAGAUUCGGCUCCCGCUGCGGGGGAAGCAGCAGCAGGCGGCCGUGCAGCCGAGCGCCUGGUACUUCCUGCAGCCGCGCACGAGCCAAUCGCGACCGAUGCGCACCUGUGCGACCCCACCCGGGACGCGCCUUUCGUGCGACAACUCGCUCGGUUCGCUGCGGCUCAAGCUGAACUACACCUCGGAUCACGUGUUCCCGCUGGCCAACUACGACCACCUGUACAACGUGCUGAUCAAGACGAUCCACCAGAAACCGAUCACCGCUAGCGCCGUGUACAUCCUCGGCGAGGUGGUGCAGAACAAGACGGAAGUCGCGCAACCCCUCGUCCGGCUGUUCACGCACACGAGCGAGAUCGCGGGCGUGAUCAAGGCGCUGGCCGAGCACGAGAUCUCCAAGCUGACCGAUCCGACCACCAUCUUCCGCGGCAACACGCUCGUCUCGAAGAUGAUGGACGAGGCGAUGCGGCUGUCCGGGCUGCACUAUCUGCACGCCACGCUGCGCCCGAUCGUGGAGGAGAUCUUCGCCGAGAAGAAACCGUGCGAGAUCGAUCCGACGCGGGUGAAGGACGUCGGGGCCAUCGAGGGCAACCUGCACAACCUGCAGGACUACGUCGGCAAGGUGUUCGAGGCGAUCACGAAGAGUGCGGUCAAGUGUCCGCCGAUCCUGUGCGAAAUCUUCCACAAUCUGCGCGAGUGCGCGGCCAAGUACUUCCCGCAGAACAAGGAGGUCCGCUACUCGGUCGUGUCCGGGUUCAUCUUUCUGCGGUUCUUCGCGCCGGCCAUCCUCGGCCCGAAGCUGUUCGAUCUCACGACGGAACCGGUGGACGAACAAACGACGCGUACGCUGACACUGAUCUCGAAAACGAUCCAAUCGUUGGGCAACCUGGUGAGCUCGCGAUCGGCCCAGCAGCCCUGCAAGGAGAAGUACACCGAGCAGCUGUACAAGAAGUUCUGCACGGAGCAGCACGUCGAAGCGAUCAAACACUUCCUUGAGGUGAUCUCGACGGUGGGGGCCACGAACACCGGCACCGAAGGGCACUCGAGCAUGCUGGAACCGGUGGUGCUGAAGGAAGGGAUGAUGACGAAACGGGCCCAAGGACGCAGACGGUUCGGGCGGCGAAACUUUAAGCAGCGCUACUUCCGGCUGACGACGCAAUCGCUGAGCUACGCGAAGGCCAAGGGAAAACGACCCAUCUGUGAUAUACCGCUGGCUGAGAUACUGGCCGUCGAGCGGCUCAACGAGCGUAGCUUCAAGAUGCAGAACAUCUUUCAGAUAAUUAAAAAAGAUCAACGGCCACUCUAUGUACAAACGGCAAACUGUGUGGAGGAGAAAGAGUGGAUCGAUCUGCUGAGUAAGAUCUGCCAGAGUAACAAGGCCCGUCUCGUGAACUUCCACCCGCGGGCGUACAUUAACAAUGUAUGGACUUGUUGCAAUGAAGCUGAUCAGUACGCACAAGGUUGUACGCCCGUCUCGUCCUCCAAUCCGAUGCAAAUGGAGUUCGCGAAUGCCCUCGAUCCAGCCCGUGACCUACAGCGGUUGCACUCGCUGAUCAUCACUCACCAUUCGAGUCUGGAGGAGCUAUCGCCGGACCUCAACGGGACGCCUAGCGAGGACCUGGCGGCCGUCCGGAAGACGAUCACGAAACUAAACGAAAUCGCAACCGGCCUCGAGCUGAUCCACCGGAAGUACAAGUCGACGCUGGUGCGUGAUCUCCGCUACGGCAGCCGGCAGGCCCCGAUCGGCGACGAUAACUAUCUGCACAUGCCGCGGAUGGGCUUUCCGGCUGCGUUUAUGGCCGUGGCUGCCGCUGCUGCCGCAUCGUCCGGGGGCACCGAGGGUGUCCUGCUUUCGUCGUCCACUGUGUCGACGGCUAACAACAACUCCUCUUGCCUGUCGAACAGCACCAGCAGCAGCAACAGCAGCAGCACCAAUGGCAACACCACCCUCGUGCGGCUAAACACCGGAACACCGGUUGGUGGUGUCGGGGCAGCAACGGUGGCGAAUGGUGCUGGCGGCGUCCCGAGCCCUCACCACUACUCCGAGGGCGUUUCGGGAACGCUGUUUUUCCCGCACCACCGGAAUCGGCUCGUGUGUGGUGGUGGAGACGCAGGCGGAGACCCACUAACGCCGUGCUAGUAAGUUCUGUGCCCGCAAACAGCGCAACAGCAGUAGCAGGAGUCCCGGGGACCUGAAAGAUAUGCGCGGGGGAGACAAUCAUCCAACAACAACACCACAACAACAAAAAACCCACCCACUGAUCCCGCGCACCUUUAAGUUAUUUAUUUUCUUCGUCCCUUUCGCAUCAUAACACUAGCUUCCUUUUAGUGAUCGCUCACCGUUGGCUCAGUAUUUGACUCGUUUUACCCAACACCAGCAGCAGCAAUACACCCGACACAGAAUCAACAAUCUGUUGUGUAGCGUAGAAAGGGUGCGUUUCCUAGACUCCCCAAUCUCUAGCGGAAAGAGGGAUAAAUAGAACUCCCAUACGUCUCUGUA